GAAAGGACGGGACGGAGCUGCAGUUCUCCAGGAGCCAGGCCAGGAGGCGGGGAGAAGCCGGAAGCCUCUCUACUGCCCUGCCCGCCCCGGUCAGCUCAGACCCGCCCCCUCGAUUGCCCCGGCUAGUUCAGACCUCCCGGCUCGGCCCGGCUCAGCAGGCGGUGAUAAAAUGUCAGCUCCAGGACCACAUAACGUUGUUCCAGGAGCAUCAGCUGCUCCAACUGCACCUCCUUCCUAUGAAGAGACAAUGGCUAUCAACAAUUUUUUCCCUACUCCUCCCCCUGGGCGUAUACCAGGAGCAGUGCCAGGCGCAGAUGGGAAGGGCAUGAAUCCUCCUGCCUACUAUACUCAGCCAUUGCCAGUUCCUAAUCCUAAUGCAAUUGCGGUUCAGACUGUGUAUGUACAGCAGCCUGUCUCCUUUUUUGACCGUCCCGUCCAGAUGUGCUGUCCCUCAUGUAACAAGAUGAUAGUGACCAGUCUCUCCUAUAAUGCAGGAGCCCUCACUUGGCUUUCUUGUGGCAGCCUUUGCUUACUGGGAUGUAUUGCUGGCUGCUGUUUCAUUCCAUUUUGUGUGGAUGCCCUUCAGGAUGUUGAUCACUAUUGUCCAAAUUGCAAAGCUCUUCUUGGCACCUAUAAGCGUUUAUAGGACCAAAUCAAAUGUGAUGAAUCUGCCUAAAAAGGUUUGAUGGCUUUUCAAGUCCUUCGGAAACUUCACCAAGCCCACCACUGGUGAUGAUCUGCUUUUUGGUGGUCAGAUUUUUCCAGUGGUCCAUUUAAAGGAGAAAAAACAAACCAACCAAAACCAAAUCAAGCCCCCAACAACCUCCAAACCUACGAACAUACUACUUGGAGGACUUGAAAGGACAUACAGAGACAUUCACCUCGAGAACAUUGGUUUUAAGUAUAGUCUGCCUAUGUAUGAACCAAAGUCAUCCCUGUCUUUGACUGAUUGCUGGCUUAUUUAAGAUUGCAUUUGGUGAUUAUUGAUUGGCAGGCCCUUCCUGCCUCCUCUGUUAGCACCUUUGCUGAUGGUCUUUACAUAGAAGUCAUGGGCUGCCUUGGUUUUGAGACUGAACUGGCCAGAAAGAGGCCCAAUCAAUCCAUAGUGCCUACAGUUUGCCCAUCCAUAGGGCAGAAUCUUGGUUUAGAGACCUUAGGAGAUGCUAGUCUCAGAUACCAUUCAAUUAGGGACCUUUUAUGAGCACAAAAAUUCACUUUAACUUUUUUUAUUGUUUUUAAGGGGGGGAGGGGAACCUAGUAAUUCUUAACACAAGGUGCUUGCUACCAGAUACAUUUCUAUGAGUUCACAAGAGCUUGUGAGAAGUAGAAUUUCUUUUCAGUUAUAGUUGAGUGGUCAGACCUUUAGCACAUGAAGUCUAUGGGUCCCUCUGAUCCAUUAGUUUUCUUAGCAAUUGAGUUGGGUUUUUUUUUUUUUAAAGAAACUUACUUUUGGAUUGAUUUAUCUUUGUUAAUGACUUCAAAGCAAAUGCUCAUCAGCCCAUCUUGACUAAUUCUGUGAAUGAAUGACAUCAUUCCUACAUAUGCCAGUGUGGCAUUAUCCCUUUUUAUUAAAAACAAAUACACAAAUCAAAAAUACUACCUUGCUGCCUUUAAUUUGACUCAUUGCAGCUCUCUACAACUUUCACAAUCAUAAUUCAAAAAGUUAAAAACUUUCGGCUCCUUGGUUUUGUAAAAUGUGUGAAAGCAUGGCUUUGAUUUGUAGGUCGAGCUUAUUUUUGGAACCCUUUUACCAAAAGCCUGCAUAUUGUAGGAAACCUUGUGAACCUGACCUACUUCAAAGGAAUCUAGAAUUUACUAUUAUUUUCACAAAUUAAAUGAGUUUCAACACAUUGUAAGACAUGACUGUUAAGACUGUUAUCCAGCUGAGAGCCCUUUUGGUUAAGAACUAUAUUGUGUUCAAAAUCAACACACAAACAAGACUCUGGUUUCAAGAUUCCCUCAUUCAGUAUUCAGUGAAAGCAAAGGAAAUGUCUGGAUAAUAUCUUUAAAAAUCAGCCCUAAAAUGUUGGAUGAAAGCUAUCCAUUGGUUAAAAAUUGUAAUAGUUAUAUUGAUAAUUAGGAUGGCUUAUUCUCUUUUAAGUGUGGGUAAAAGCCCAUACUGUUUCCAAAGUAAGGUUGUUGAAAGGUAUAUAGCUCUCUUGGAGUACUUUGGCUUUUAUUUACAGUACUUUGGCCUUUUAUUAAGUCUUUAAAUUACUUGGUGAACAUUUUAUAAAAGGCUCCUUGUGGGUUUAGGAAAGGUUUCAUAUUAUGUUGCAGCUGUUGCUUCCAAAAACAAAACCAAACAAAACCAAAACAACAACAAAACCCAACACGAAAAACCCCAAUUCUUUAUUAGCCAGAUGGUGAUAGAAUAUAUUUAGUGAUAAAGAGUGAAGACUAACCUAAUCUCUGACAGUGUACCCUUAAAGUCAGUAUAAAUGAUUAUGAGAUGCACACACUCAAUGAAUCAAAUUUGGUUAUAGCUUAUUUGAACCCAUAUUUUAUCUCAAUGGCAGCAAAACUCAAACCAGAGCAAGAUCUUACAUUAUAAACAAAAUGUAAAGAAAAUGGAAGAAAAGCAUGAUUAUGCUUCCAAUAAAAUAUGGUUUAUUUGAUGAUUAACUGGGACCUUUGUUGGUGCCAGGAGGAAGAUAGCCUAUCUAUGAGGUAUACCUGUACAUUGCUAAUCAUACAUUUGCUUUUACCUAAUUAGACAGUCAUAUGGAAGGGUUCAGGAAAUUAAGGAAUAUCAUCUCGAUGCAGCUUAUGUUGUCAUUGAAACAUUUAUAAUUUAUGGUUUUAAAAAUCACUGCUUACUAAUACCAGGUGUGUUUAGAAUUCUUCCUUUGUUGUAAAGAACUCAAGAUGGUAUGUUUCUAGCUGUUUUGUUCAAUGUUUCUAGCUGUUUUGUAAAAUGGUCUCAGGCUAUUGUUGAAAUUAAUAUAUGCAAAUUCUGUAAUGCAGGCACUUUGCAUUGUGCAUGAAAAUGCACUUUGUAGACAGCAAAAUGUAUAAUUACAUAAUUAAAAAAUAAAAUUGGGUGCAUUUUAGGACAUUCCAUUAUCCUGUGCAAAGUUCAUAUUUAUUAAUUUUUCAUAUGGUUGGAAGUAAGUUAAGUGAGGUAAUUUGCAAGCAAUGAAUUUAAUAGUAUAAAUAGUUUUAAAUAUGCUUGUACCCUAAAGAAGGAUUUUAGUUCAUUCCAGGCCAAAAGUACCAGUGUGCCUAUGCAAAGCCGCUUAGUUGUAGUAUUUUUGAUUAUUAUUACAUAGGUAUCUAUUUGUAUCUUGUUCAUUUUCCAUGGAAAGUAUUCCAUUUUUACUGUGACCACUCCUAUUAUAUCUUUGCAGUCUAUGACAUUUGCCAGUGGAAAGUCAAUUCCAUAGCAACAGGGACCUUUUGAGUUAGCAUCCUGAAUAUACACACUCUUCAGUUUGUUACUGAACUGUUUAGAAAAGCUAUUUUCUUGCUCUACUGUAGGUUCUUCUUUCAAGGGGAGCUUGUUACAUUGGGGGGUGGGGUGUUAAAAUAUAGCCACAAUUGAGUGGACUGAAAUCUCCUUCUUUGUGUGAAUAUUACAAAUGAACCUCAAUGUGUGCAUAUUAUUUAUAAAGAAGUUUGUCAUUCUGAAUUCUA